CUUAUACGUCACCCUGGUUGAAAGGUUAUAGUCGCAAAAAAUGGCGACUUCCAGCAAGUCCGCGGUAGUGCUUAAGGCCGUCAAGAAGAUUGUUGUUCAGUUUUGUCCGUUUGAAUCUAAUGUUCGUUCCACACGGGAGUUCCUGGUCAUGGUUGGCUCUGAGAAGGCCAGAUCUACCAAUAUGAACUGUGAAGUGAUAACAGAAGUGAAACAUGACCAGUCUGAACCAGUAGUGGACAUCACAUUCAUGAAUGGGGAAAGGCUAAUGAUGAAGGGAGCGAGACUGACCAGCAAGGAGAUGCUGACCACACUGCAGUCUCACUGUGUAACCAAGGAUCCCCAAGCCAAACCUGGAGCCAAGAACUAGCCUGUCCUAUAGUCAUAUUUAUGUAGCUAUGUAUAUCUGUGAAUUUGUAUAAUAAAAUACCUUAUUGAAAGUUC